UCCUCCUGACAGACGCACUUGCUGAGGCGCAUCCUCCGCCGCUCUGCCUCUCUCGGUCUGUUCCUUUAAAACCAAGCAGCCCACGCCUCGAAAAGCGGCUUGUUCCGGCUUGCCCCUUUACAUCUUUUUAUCCUUGCUCACAACAUUAAAAUAGUGCCCCCCCUCAACUCUCCGCCCCUCCCGUCAUCCCCAGCCCGCUCCCCCCGACAACCAACGCGCAGGCUUUUCCGUCGAACCGUCGGAAGGCGGACAGAACCACCGCGUCUCUGCCGGAGGACGCGUGAUGCGGAGCGGUGCAGCAGCUCUGUGCAGCCCGGCUGUGAGUGCGAGGCGCAGUUCAGGUCCAGGCACCAUCACCGGCGGAGCGAUACCGCCAUCUCCCCCUCUCAGCUCCGGCUUGUCGAGCGGUGAGCGUGCGGCUCGCUGUACCUGAGCGAACGUGUCCGUCAUAUGCUGUCGGAAAUAAGGAUCAGAACCGGACCCUGAAGGGACCCGUCUGCAAUGCUCUGAAAUGCGGCGCCACAUCGCUCUCGCAUCGCGGUUGACCUCCCGGGGCUGGCUGCUGCGCACGUUUCGCAACUGAUGAAGAUUUUUCCCUGAUUAUUUUGAUGUGGAUGAAUAUGUUUAUACUGGUGCUCUGGUGUGGCGCGUGAGUCAUCGUUGGCACUGGCGAGCAGGAGCUGUUGUCGCGUCUCGUUGACAUGCAUUCCCACUGAGCUCAGCGACGCCUCCCUCAGUGGUGUGGUGGCAGGAUGCCGGUGCAGGCGGCCCAGUGGACGGAGUUCCUGUCCUGUCCCAUCUGCUACAAUGAGUUCGACAGCAGCGGCCACCAGCCUAUCAGCCUGGGCUGCUCCCACACGGUGUGUAAGACCUGCCUGCACAAACUGCACCGCAAGGCCUGCCCCUUCGAUCAGACGCCCAUCAGCACUGAUAUUGACCUGCUGCCGGUCAACUGUGCCCUGCUGCAGCUUGUGGGAGCUCAGGUCCCAGAUGUGCAGCCGGUGAGCCUGAGCAGUGCAGCUGAGGUCGAGAACUAUGAGGUCUGCAGGGUGUGUGUGGAAGAGCUGGCUCUCUACCUGAAACCUAUCAGCGGAGCAAAAGGUGUGGCGACUCUGAGUCCGAGUGUGCUCAGUCGGCCAAUGCAGAGGAAGCUGGUGACCUUGGUGAACUGCCAGCUGGUGGAAGAGGAGGGCCGCGUGCGGGCGGUGAGGGCAGGCCGGUCGCUUGGGGAAAGAACCGUAACCGAGCUCAUCCUGCAGCACCAGAACCCCCAGCAGCUCUCUGCCAACCUCUGGGCAGCGGUGAGGGCGCGGGGCUGCCAGUUCCUGGGACCUGCUAUGCAAGAAGAUGCCCUGAAACUGGUUCUACUGGCUCUGGAGGAUGGCUCGGCCUUGUCCAGGAAGGUGCUGGUUCUAUUCGUAGUCCAAAAACUUGAGGCUCGGUUCCCCCAGGCCUCCAAAACCAGCAUAGGCCACGUGGUGCAGCUACUCUACAGGGCCUCCUGCUUUAAGGUGACCAAGCGUGAUGAGGACUCCUCCCUGAUGCAGCUGAAGGAAGAGUUCCGGACUUACGAGGCUCUGAGGAGAGAACAUGACGCUCAGAUCGUCCACAUCGCCAUGGAGGCUGGCCUGCGAAUUUCACCUGAGCAGUGGUCCUCUCUGCUGUACGGAGACCUGGUCCACAAGUCACACAUGCAGUCCAUUAUUGACAAGUUACAGUCUCCAGAGUCAUUUGCAAAGAGCGUCCAGGAGCUGACAAUCGUUCUGCAGAGGACAGGAGACCCUGCCAACCUCACGAGCCUUAGACCACACCUAGAGCUGCUAGCAAACAUAGACCACAACCCAGAUGCCCCUGCGCCGUCGUGGGAGGAGCUGGAAAGUGUGAUGCUGGCUGUGAAGUUGGUGGUUCACGGGCUGGUGGAAUUCAUACAGAACUUCAGCAAGAAGAGCCACGACACUCCACAGCCUCAGGCCAACAGCAAGUACAAGACCAGCAUGUGCCGAGACCUUCGUCAGCAGGGCGGCUGUCCCCGAGGAACCAACUGUACCUUUGCACACACGCAGGACGAGCUGGAGAAAUUUAGACUGAGGAACAAAAAGAGCAGCAGCGUGGGUCGUGCAUUCCCUCUAGCGCCGGGGGUUAUGGGUAAAACCUUCACCAUGGAGGGCAGCGUCCACACAGAUGUGCCUGCAGGCGUGGGGCAGGGGCUCAAAGGCACGGGGGAGAACACAGCCACCCUGACCGAGGGAGUGCCCGGCAUGACUCACCCCCAGCUGAUCUCCAGAGGAGCCGACAUGAUGGAGGAGAUGAAGAGGGUGGUGCCAAACGGAUCCAGCGGGGCUAACGGGUCCAACGGGCUAUCUGGCACCAACAGAAACUCAUCGGGGUCAACUGAGCAAAAGCCCAUCUCUCCUCCCAGGACUCCUGUCAGCCACUCCUCAGCAUCGUCUCCCUUGACAGCAGUCGGGCGGGGUGAUGGUGGCCCUCCCAUGCCCAAACACGGUCCGUUCGUGCUGCGUGCGCCACACCCUUCUCAGGCAUCCGAGCUGUACUAUCAGGAGCCUCACUCUGCAUACGACACAGCCCAUUAUCAACCAACCUCAGGUUCCUACUACCCAUCUUCUCUCCAUCCUCCUCACAAGCCCUGCAUGGCUCGUUUCCUUCGAUCCUCCAACGUCCCAGAAUCCUCCUUGCCACCGUCAAUUGGCCCUCCGCCAUCUUCCUUCCCCAGUGACCCUCAAACACCACACCCACCUUCCUCGUCUUCAUCGGCAUACCCACCUAGAGAUCGGAUGGGACCUCCUACCUUUCAUCCCCACCCGGGGCAGCCUCAGUAUGGGCCUCUGGCUCCCGCACAUGGUGUUUAUGCUCCACUCUAUGACAGCAGGAGAGUAUGGAGGCCUCAGCUGUAUCACAGAGAGGAUGCCAGGAGUAACUCACUGCCUCCAGAGGUGCUGCAUUCCUCCGUCUACCAGCCUCCACUCAGGGAGAGAUUCAACUCUCUAGACAGCAACUACUGCUCUGGAGCUGAGCACCGUGCAGGGCUACACAGGGUAGGCGAAACAAUGCAUGUACCCGCCUCCAAUUGCCGGAAGGGAUUUAUUCAUACGCACAUACACGAUUAUGGCCGCGUUCCUCUAGGCUACGAGGAUCUGUUCAGGAGAAAGCAGGAACAGUGGGCUCAUCAUCAUCACCAUCACAACGCCAACAGGCCCUCCCAGUCCUCCCCCAUCUUCACCAUCGAUUUUGGAACUGAGCAUGUGGAGAACAGUGGAGGCCAGUGCGUGGGGUGCAGGUUCAGAGGCGAGGAGAGUUUAGCGCACUACUCUCCAUGGUCCUGUGGCACCAUCGGCCCCUGCCUCAGCCCCUUUGAGCCUGAAGCACUAACACACACCUCGGCUCACUCCUGCUCGGAGCACUCGGAGUUGGACAGUAAUGGAGGUGGAGGUGGGGGUGUUAGCAGUAGUGGUGUUGGGAAGCGAUGGCUGCAUUCGUUGGAUCACUACCGGCGCCUGAAAGAUGAGGACCCGAUCAUUCCCUUCAGUGAGGGGCCCAUUAUCUCCAAAUGGGGUGCCAUAUCCAGGGCGUCUCGCACAGGCUACCACACCACCGACCCUGUCCAAGCCACAGCCUGCCAGGGCAGCGCCAACACCACGCCCAUCAACUUUAAAGAUUACAACCCCCACCUGGAUCACAGCGACUACAGAUGGAGCUCCAGAGGAUCAGACUCUUCCAGCCACUCCAGUUUCCUAGAGAGGUACAGCCCCCAGUCUUACAUGCUGUUGAAUGAUGGGGAAAGAUACACUGCACAUGGAAAGAUUGAGCAGCUUUGUGCAUCAGAGCUUCAUCGUCGAACUUCAAUAAGCAGUGGAGAGAAAAUUGUGUCCGAUCUGCAAACCCAUCAGACCGCCUAUAGCCGGGACAGGAGCCGAACUGAGAGUGAACCGGACCCGGAUCGAGACAUCGAGCUCGAACUGUGCGCUCUUGACAUGGAGGAUUCAGACCACCAGGAGAUCAAGUCUCAGGAGUCUUUAGACCUGGCCACACCACAGUCUCAGGAUGCCUCCCACCUCCUCCCACCUCCCUGUUCCUCUCCCCUUCUCUCUUCUCCUGUGGAGGACCACCCCCAAACAGAGGGUCCUUCAACAGAAAAGAUAGAUGCUCACCUGCUUAAAAAGAUGGCCUUCAGGAAGUCUCUGUCUCCUGGAGGGUUGGUCUCAGGAGGACUGGGCAUGGGCAAGCUGGUGCUGCGGACUGGACCUCCUCGGCUGGGGGACACCUCCAACCGGGCUUGUCCUGAAUCAGCAGUGACAGAGAUGCUGCUAAAUGGAACCUAAGGGGACACAAAGUCAAGGCACUGACCUGCACCAAGCUAGAGCUGAGUCGCUUGCCCACAACCAGAUCCUGGUUCAAGAGAAUAUCAUUCAAUUCCAGCCUUCUUAUAUGUCCGUCAAAUGCCUAAAUAAAACGUGACAGAUAUGGGUUAAUGGUCUGUGCUGCGCCACAUUACAAGGGGCAAGAGAAAUCACCAAUGUACAGCUCCACAGAGAAUUUAGUAGAUGUAACUGUUAAUGCCUAGUGAAGUUUAGGUUCAGGAUAUGCUUGAACCACAAUUAGGAGCCACAACUGAUAUAACAGCAUCUCCACCACAUACUUUUACAUGACAUUGUAGACCUGAGGAUUAUACGUCAUCUAGUUUGUUGUCAUUUAACAUGGCUGACAAGGACACAGUUUCAAAAAAUUAAAAAACAUGAAAGGUUUAGGAGCGUGUCCUGGACUCACAAGAAAAAACUCCAAGGGACUAUCUUUUGGACAAAUAAAAUUCCAUCGUCAGGAUUCCCAGAUCAAGGUGUGAUGCUGAAAAAAGGCAUUUUGUUUUUCCAAAAGAGAGUGCCUUGGAGUUUUCUUGUGAUUUCAAAGAUAUACUCAAGUUUGAAGGUCCUCUGUCAGAAAACAAUAGCCUAUACAGUAGAUGCUAUUUUUUGUCCCCCUUUUUUCUUUUGUUAAUGCUUUUUAUGUUAAUGUCAGUCUUUUCAUUUACUUACUCUUGUUCUUUUAAUAUGUAGCUUGGAUUGACAGCUUGAACUGAGAUCCCAACAUUUCAUAUCAGAUAUUGUCAGAACUGAGACAGUAAAUAUGAGCUAUUUACAACAGUAAAUUGUCUAUUAUUUUAAUAUUAAUAUUAAUAAUAUUAAGAACCAAAAUCACUGUAUGUAAUUGCUCUCUAUUCGUGCCUGUUUCCUCAAAGGCAGGUGCUUGUUUAAGGCCACGUAGCUUUCCAAAAGGUACAUCCCACAAAAACAGUUUUUACCACCUUAUGAAUAUCUGACAAUUAUUUUUCGUCUUGCUGUCGCCUUAAAUGUUAAUGCCUUUGUUUCUGUAAACAUCCUUACACGGAAAUACCUGCAUUCGGCUUGAUGCUGCUGGUUUAGUUUAUAGGUUUAUUGUUAUAUUGCUCAGAAUAAAAACUGGCUGGCUGCUCCAAGCCUCUGAGGAAAUAAAACACAGCAGACAACAAUGGGUCCUCUGUGCGGAUACUCAAACAAGCCUCUGUCUUUUAAUAGUCAUAUGACAUUUUAAACAUUGACCUCUGAAAUCCCUCGACUGUCAUGAGAUCCCAAAACACAGUGAGACAUUCAUGAUCAUAAAAACUUGUAAAUGAUCAUAGGUCACUUUAUGUCAGGAAGGAUGACAACAAAAUAAAGAUGUAUGUACUCUUCUUCUCUAUCCAAACCGUGCUAACUUAAGCAUCAUAUCUAGGUGACUCAUACUGCAUAACUUAAGAACGCAAGGCAGUUCGUUUUGACACAGACACUUGCAACUGCAGAUUUAGUCUAUUUCUACACAUACCACGUGGACACACAAACUUAAAGGUCCCAUAUUAUGCUUAUUUUCAGGCUCAUGCUUUUAUUUUGGGAUACUACUAGAUUUUACUGACAUGCAUUAAUGUUCAAAAAAUGCAUUGUUCUUACAGUGUAUUGAUGCAGCACCUUUAUUCACCUGCUCCGUUUUAAUGCCUGUCUCUUUAAGGCGCCCCACCCCAAAAAAGUCUGCUCUGAUUGGUCAUUUCCCACAGGCCUGAGCAGGCGCCAGACAUGUUGUUUUAGCCUCAGCUCUUCUUGUGGUUUUCGCAACCAUGGGCGUGCUGGGUUGGUGACUGUUCAGUUGUCACUUAACAGCCGUGCAGAAGUCUCAACGGCUCGUUGGAAGGCGCAGUUUCUGAAUAUGUGCUGUGGAAUGGGCGUUUUAAUAGCAUUACAGUAUUUACAUAUCACCCAGACCUGGGAUAAAAUUAAGAAAAAAAUUACAAAUCUGACUUUGUAGCAUAUGGGACCUUUAAAAAACAUUUUUUUCAUCUUUGUGUGCCUGUAGUGGUUCCGGCAUUUAAUUCUGCUGACUAGUCUCACUGCUCACUCACACACACACACACACACACUCACAGUAAAAGUGUGCACAAGCUGUUAUUCACACACAUAAUAGACACAAACAUGCAAUACGGUGGCCUUUUUCUCUCCUUGGUGUUAUAUAGACUUAAAUAUUGGGCUCCACAAUGACUUAUUGUCCAAUGCCCACUGACAGACUCCCGUUCUGUUUCCGAGGUGUGAUCUCUGACAUUUUUGUAAGCCCCUGGCAUUUUUCUGUGCUUUCCAGUCCACUCUCCUUUAUGUACAAUGUAAUCAAUAUUCAGAGGUUGUGCGCUAAAGCCUACAAAAGUGAGGGACACCAUUUCUUGUGUUUCUUCAUGCUGUACCUUUGUUAUACUUUUUUAAAAGUUCUGUUUUGUCCUUUUGCAUUCGCUAACUUCUGUGAAGUUGUUCGUCGGGGUAUUUUGUACAAGGAUCUUUGUUACUCUUGUUUCGUUUGCUGUAUUUUACAUCAUAGAGACAGUCACGUCUAACGUUCCUCUGUGUUUGCUGGCCAUCGGCGUGCUGCUGUACGCCCAGCCUCGCUUCACUCAUCUUGUAAUGUGUGGCUUAGUCAUAAUUGACUUUAACAUGACCCCUUUCUAGGUAUACAGAUUUUAAAAUCGCGAGGACUCCCGAGUUUGUUUACACCCGUUCUAAAUCUUAUGAGAUUUGUGUAGAAUGACAAUUCAGGCUUCCUCUUUAAUUUCCUCUCCACUUUUCAGAAGCAGUGUCCUUUCCUCUCAGAUCAUACAUUUAAUCCAAUUUUAGAGGAUGACAGAAUGGCUGUACAUGUGAGGGUUUCUCAUUUAGUUUCAAGUUCGAACUUUAUACACCUUGACUGAACAAUGUAACCGUGGACUGGUAACCCAACUUUGAGAAGCGGGUAGACAAAGUGACAAAAUUUAGACAGUUCAGUGUGACUUGGUGCGAUAGCACUCCUUUGAAAACUCUCCAGCGCUUUGUAGGGUUCAUUUAGGGAUGAAAAGGCGCGGGGAUUUAGCUGCUCCAAGUCAUGCAAUUAGUUCAGCUGCCUGCCGUCGCUCCGCAUCUGUUUACAACUUCACCUUUUGAAGUCAUGUAAGUGCCAUGUUGUGUACAGUACAGUACAGUACAAUCAAUCCCUGCGAUUUUCCUAUAGCUUUUUUUCAUAUUCCUCUACUGUAAACCUUGUGAAGAGGGAAAAGGCUCAGUCACGUGAAAGGUGGGGCGAGACGCUCCCCUCGCAGUCCUGCUUUGCUCCAUCAGAGGAGGCUAGAUCCUUGUCCGUCUUGAAUCGCUCAGGGAAGAGUUCAGUUGCUCAGCUACUUUCGGCUUUUUUUCUAGACUCAUCACUAAAUAUUAACUGUGGAAGUGUUUGCCUGAUUUUUCACGUGGCCCUGCCACCUGAAGCAUAUAUGAGUUCAAGUGUUAGACUGAUUAAAUUGUUUGCCCGUGUUUACUUUGCCAGUGUUUUCUUUUGUCUCUCGGUAUCAAUAUUGGCUUUGCUAUUCCUGUUCCCAUGGGAAAGGGCUGGGCACUACUGUAUGUAAAAACAGUAUUGUGAGUAUUGAGCUAAUGUCGAAGUGAUACUCCCCUGUUUCCUUCUGAAGUGUCCAUUGAGCACUUGCUGUAGUGGCCAAUCGCACUGCACUAAUUCCCACCCCAUCACUGCCAAUGGGUGCACUCUGCCCCCCCACCCCACCCCCCGGACUACCCUCCAACCCAACACCCCCCAUGCUCCCUGCAACCUGCGUCAUGCAUGCGAUAUAGUCCCUCUUGUGAUGGCAGAGGAGUAUUGAUGAUUCUGUAGUUGUGAUACAACACACCCAGCGCUGUAAGAGUUCUGCACAUGCCCACUGUGUGGCCACGUCAAGUGCUGAAGUUUGCUUGCAGCAUUUUACUUGUUUGCUCAUGAAAAUUGUUUAAUAGAGAUUAUAUUAUUAUUAUUAUUAUUAUUAUUAUUAUUAUGACUGAUGAUUCUUGUUAUGACCACAUUUGGUUGUUGUUGUGGUAUUUUUUUUCCCCUCUUGGUAUAUUCUGAAUUCUGCUUCUUUGUUUUAAAUUUGACAACUUGCUGAAAUUUUUUAUUAGACAAGAGAGUGUCUCAUUAUUCUAUAUUAUCUGGGGAAAAAGCCUGUUUGUUGAUUGUGAAGCAUAUGAUGAACUGAUGUUUUCUGACUAUUCAUGUCUGUAUUAGACAUUUUAUUUGCAAAUCUAUUGUUCGAUUGAAAUGUAAAUGAUCUAUUAAGAGAUGGUACACAUCCGUCAUUGUAUACAGUCUGGCACCAUCAUUAGAUGGACUUAUAGUAUAGACGCUCAUUUAUACGACCUGUGAUAAUCAGAUAUAUUUAAAUGUUUAAAUCAUUGGGGCAGUUGUGUAAUGUUUCAGAAUGAGGACAAUUAAAAAUCCUUAAGAGACAGCAUAUCCAAAACGUCCCCGUAAUGAAUAAUACUGUUACGUAUUCCAUUUAUUUCCUUGGAAAUAUCACAUUGUGAAAGGUUUCCCUUUUACUUACUGUAAGGUGAUGCAGGACUGGAGUUAAGUCUAACCUUCGAUUUAUGAAACUGUUUGAGUAUUGUUUGACUGACUGAUUCUUCUGUGCAUUCUCUGACCUGUUCAUCUGUAUUACACUGACUUACAGACAGCUUAGCCGAGCAGCGUUUACUGCUUCUGUGUUGCACUAAGAGAUGAAUUGACGAAAAGGAAGAUUUCAGCACAUGAAAUUGCAUGCUACAAUAAACAGACAACAAAUAAG